GCAGCAUACUUGGAGCGUGAGACUUCCUCGAGAAAUCACUGACUAGAACCCUCCUGACCGCAUUUCUCAAGUACCUCUCUCUCUCUCUCUCUCUCUCACAAACACACACACACCAUCAUACCCAUAAAACCUGAGAGCGACUCAUCAAUCCAUAAUCCAUACUAUCUUUGAGCGCUGUGUCUCACUUCAGCUGAGUAAUUUCAUCGAGCACCUGCUGUGCAAUAUACAUCGGAGUAAUGAGAGCCAACAAGACCACCGUCUUAACACUUGCAGAGAAAUGCAAGAGUAUAUUAGCAUCGAACUGGCAAGGUAAUCUUAAUACCAUCAAAGCCGAUGCUAAAGGAAGCAAGGAGGGAAUUCACACUUCAAAGGUCAAGUACUUUGUCAAGAGAGGGAAGGCUUACAUUUGGGUGCCCGAAAAGGACUUGCAUAAUAUGAAUACGAUCAUUGAUGAGCGUGGUUCUUUUGCUGUGACCAGUCCCUACCCAGGUCCACUUGGAAAGCUACUUACAUCAAUAAAAAAGUUACCAGCUCGGGUUGCUCUGAGUGGAGAUGUUCUGCCUCUUGGUGAUGAAAAGGCUGAGCUAGCUGCAGAAAGCCUUAGAGACACAAUAUUGUCAGAACGAAAAGCAACUAAGGAGUCUGCUUAUUCAGUUUCUGGUAUACUAAGUUCUGCUAAUCUUGGUUCAACAUCUCGCAGUGAAAACCUUCAGGAUCUACUAGAUGGAAAUGAGCAAUACACCAUUUAUAAGUUCAAUAUGAGUUCAUAUAUGUAUAUUGAUGGCGAUGGAAGCACUCAUGAAGUAGAGUUGGAGAAUAUUGAAGCAUCUAAGGCAGAUCCAUUAUCACCUUUUUCUGCAAGCCUGAUUGAUGGGAUUAAUCAAAGUGAUGUGAGGCGUAGAGCUCUGGUUCUUUUCUGUAUCACACGCUUGAAUAGACAUGCAAAGGAUGCAUUUAUGCUUUCCAUAGAUCGGAAAGGAUUUGACGUGCUGGGAAUGGUUCUAGGUCCAGCAAAGGCUGAUGGUUCUCGUGAAUACCAGUGGAAAGAUUUCAGGUUCCCUUUUAUUGAAGAGGCACGUGAUGUCGACACAUUCUGUCAACGGCUUGUUGAGAUGGAAGAGGAGGCCCUCAAGAAAAUUAAAACUUUCAGUGGUUUAGGAUGAAAAUGAACUUGGAUGACUGGACCUAAAGCACUCUUGCAGCAACAUUUUCUUCGUGUAUUUUGGUUAUAUAGACAAUGUAAUGGAACAUAGAGUAAUAUCAACUAAAAAAAGUGGGCACUGGGCAAUAUAUGGUUUAUCGGUUCACAUUAAACAUAUAUAUGUAUAUAUAUAUAUAUGCUGAUCUAUGCUUAAUCCAUUAUAGCGUAUGGAAUGAACUGUGUCUAUGGUUAUAUA